AUGGCAGGCGAUAUCCUCCUAAGCCCGACGCUGUUGCGUUUAUUCUCCGGCGCAUUGCACUUGAUCGUGCUGCUGACGACGUCAAUCGCCGGUGUUCGCGCGAGAAUUCGAAGCAAUGACGGCGAGAGUCGGGAGGACGCCAGGCCGUUGUAUUUCAGGCGAACUCGGUACUCGUGUUUGGCUCUAUCCUUGUUUAAUCUCGCUUUGUGUUUGUUUGACGUCUUUUAUCGAUACGGCGGUUUGUGGUCGAUUGAGGAUAUCGUGAUUUUGUCGGAUUUUGGAGUAAGAGCGCUGGCGUGGUUCCAUUUAUUUAUUUCCUUGAACAACCGAUGGUGUUUGAAUGCAAGUGGUAAAAAGUAUUCCGUAGUUUUGAGGCUUUGGUGGGUGAUUUUUGCGUUGAUGUCGUGUUAUUGCCUGAUGGUAGACGUUUUCUAUUAUGAGAAGCAUCGAACUAUUUUGAAAUUGUUUUGGGCGUCUGAUGCAACAUCCUUGGCCUUUGGCUUAUUACUCUGUUACUCAGCCCUUUCGAUGAAGGGCGAAAAUGCCGGUGAUCUUGGAGAGCCACUUCUGCAUUGUGAUCAUAGAGAUGAUGGAGGAUCAAACAUGGUUAUUGAAGGGGGAGAAAAAGGGGGAGUAAGAGUGACCACUUUAUCUAAUGCCGGUGUGUUCGGUUCAAUUUUCUUCUCUUGGAUGAGUCCUUUGAUAUCUCUAGGCUACAAGAAGAAAUUGGAUAUGAAGGAUGUUCCUAGUGUUUCUAGUUAUGAUACGGUUAGGGAGACAUUUCCUGUUUUUGAUGGUAGAUUGAGGUCUUAUGCCGGAGAAAGCAAUAAAAUCACCAGUGCUAUGAUUGCGAAGGGAUUGUUUUUCGCAACUCGAUGGGAAAUUGGAACUUCUACUGUCUUGAUGAUCAUAUCCACACUGGCCUCAUACGCCGGUCCAGUCCUUAUUGACAGCUUUGUCCAAUACAUGAAUGGACACCGGGAGCUACCGAAUGAGGGCUACAAGUUAGUUUCUGUUUUUAUCGUUGCGAAAGUGGUGCAGAGCGCCACGCAGAAGCAUUAUAACUUUAAGGUUCAACAGGGUGGAUUUCGAGCCAGAGCAGCUUUGGUUGAGAAGAUCUACAAUAAGGGCUUGAGCCUUUCUUGUCAAUCGAAGCAGGAGUAUACCACCGGCGAGAUUAUCAAUCUGAUGGCGGUCGAUGCACAGAGGGUUAGCAGCUUCUAUUGGUAUUUGCAAGAUCCUUUGGAAAUAACUCUAGACCUUGCAUUGUCGUUGGGGAUCUUGUAUAAAAAUUUCGGGCUGGCUUCCUUAUCUGUGCUCGCUGCAGCGGUAGUAAUCAUGUUAACAAACUUUCCGCUUGGGAAAUUUCAGCGAAAAUUUCAGGAAAAUCUGAUGAAAGCCAAAGAUGAAAGGAUGAAAAUGACAGCUGAAGUUUUGAGCAACAUGAGAAUUCUGAAGCUUCAGGCUUGGGAGAUGAAGUUCCUAUCGAAAAUCCUCGAGCUCAGGAAUGUGGAGGCUAAAUGGUUGGGUCGAUAUCUUUACAUGACGGCUGCUUCGACCGUUGUCUUCUGGGGCGCCCCUGCAUUGUUGUCUGUGGCUACUUUUGGCAGUUGUGUACUAAUGGGAAUUCCUUUAGAGUCUGGAAAGAUACUAUCGGCCAUUGCCACCAUUAGAAUUCUUCAGCAUCCUAUUAAUAGUCUCCCCGACUUGAUAUCUAUGAUUGUUCAGACUAAGGUCUCUGUUGAUCGAGUUGCAGCGUUCCUUUCCCAGGAUGACUUGCAGCCGGAAAUUGUUGAAAAGCUUCCAUACAGUAGCUCUGAAGCGGCUGUUGAGAUAGUUGGAGGAAACUUCCAAUGGGAUAAGUCGUCUCCUGAGCCAACAUUAAAAGAUAUUAAUUUGAAAGUGUCUCAUGGGAUGAGGAUUGCCAUUUGCGGCACAGUUGGUUCAGGAAAAUCCAGUUUGUUGUCCUGUAUUUUAGGCGAAAUGCCAAAGCUGUCCGGCAUUGUUAGGAUCUGCGGAACUAAAGCCUAUGUCGCGCAGUCUCCCUGGAUUCGGAGUGGAUCAGUUGAAGAUAACAUACUGUUCUGCAAACCAAUGGACAGGCAAAGGUACAGCCGAAUACUCGACAUAUGUUCACUUAAGAAAGAUCUGGAAAUUCUUGCUUUUGGUGAUCAAACAGUGAUCGGAGAGAAAGGGAUCAAUCUAAGCGGGGGACAGAAGCAGCGAGUGCAAAUUGCACGUGCUCUAUACCAAGAUGCCGACAUUUAUUUGUUUGAUGAUCUGUUUAGCGCGCUAGAUGCACAUACAGGAAGUAGUGUAUUUAAUGAAUGCAUUCUUGGUUUUCUGCAAUCGAAAACUGUUAUCUAUGUAACUCAUCAAGUGGAGUUUCUGCCGGCUGCAGACAUCAUUUUAGUUGUGAAAGAUGGAGAGAUUAAACAAGCCGGUAAGUAUGAAGACAUCCUGAAAUCCGGAAGUGAGUUUGAAAAGCUCGUUGGCGCGCACGAGGAUGCUCUAUCAGCGAUCAAUUCAUCUGAGAUGAGGAAAAUAGGAAACGGAAACGCUGCCGAAUCCCUUGAGAUGCAAGAACCUCUCCAGGACGGCGAAAAUAAUGGAAAGGAUGAUUGUGUUGUGAAAAAACAGCAGCUUGUUCAAGAAGAAGAAAGAGAGGAGGGAAGAGUGAGUUUUUCCGUUUACCGGAAAUACCUCACAACAGCAUACGGCGGGGUUCUUGUACCCAUCAUCUUGCUAGCACAGGUUUUAUAUCAGGUGCUUCAGAUUGGAAGCAAUUAUUGGAUGACUUGGGCGACUCCUGUGUCGAAGGAUAUGGCGCCUUCUGUUGGAUCCAUGAAGCUUAUCCUCGUCUACAUUGCUUUGUCAGCUGGGGGAUUGUUCUGCAUUUUGAACCGCACGGUGCUCUUCGCAACUGUAACUUACAAGACUGCGAAUGCGCUCUUUAAGAAGAUGCAUCACUGCGUAUUUCGCGCCCCCAUGUCUUUCUUCGACUCCACCCCGAGUGGAAGGAUUAUCAACAGAGUGUCUAAAGAUCAAAGCGCGGUGGAUUUGGAGGUCUCGUAUCUUCUCAUGCAUUUCGCCGCAGCUUCAGUACAGCUCCUGGGAAUCAUUUUCGUCGUGUCACAGGUUGUGUGGCAGGUCUUCAUCAUUUUCAUCCCUGUCGUCGCGUUCUCCAUAUGGCUCGAGCAAUACUACAUACCAUCAGCUCGGGAGCUGUCUCGACUGUGUGGACUGUGCGAAGCUCCGGUCAUCCAACACUUCUCCGAGACGCUCUCAGGAUCAGAUACGAUCAGAAGCUUCGACCAGGAAUCGAAUUUCCAAGACAUAAGCAUGAAACUAAUCGAUGACUAUGCUCGGCCAAGGUUUCAUAGCGCUGGUGCGAUGGAAUGGCUUGGCCUUCGCCUCGACAUGUUGUCCCUCAUAACAUUCUCGUUCUCGCUGAUCAUCUUGGUCGUGCUCCCGCAAGGCACAGUCAAUCCGAGUGUCGCUGGCUUGGCUGUCACAUACGGGCUUUCCUUAAACGUCAUGCAGGGAUGGUUUAUAUGGGUCCUUUCCAGAUUGGAAACGACGAUCAUCUCUGUCGAACGGAUGCUUCAGUACUCUUCCAUUCCGAGCGAGCCUCCUCUCGUCGUGGAUUCAAAUCGACCGGAGAGCUGCUGGCCGAGACAUGGAGAAAUCAGCAUCCAAGAUCUUCAGGUUCGAUACGCCCCCCACAUGCCUCUAGUCCUCCGAGGACUCACCUGCACCUUCUUCGGAGAGAAGAAGACGGGGAUCGUGGGGCGAACCGGAAGUGGCAAAUCAACACUCAUCCAGACCCUCUUCCGCAUCGUCGAGCCAUCUGGUGGUCGAAUACUCAUCGAUGGCUUUGACAUCUCAUCCUUUGGGCUUCAUGAUCUCCGGUCGCGAUUGAGCAUAAUCCCGCAGGAACCAACCAUGUUCAAAGGGACCGUAAGAAACAACAUGGAUCCCCUCGAAGAGUACAGCGACGAACAAAUCUGGGAGGCGCUCGAUAAAUGCCAGCUCGGAGAUAUGGUCCGGCAAAAGGAGCACAAACUCGACUCUUCCGUUUCCGAGAAUGGCGCGAACUGGAGCACCGGGCAACGGCAACUGGCGUGCCUCGGGCGAGUGCUGUUGAAGCAGAGCAAGGUUCUGGUCCUCGAUGAGGCGACAGCAUCGGUCGACACGGAGACUGAUAAUCUAAUCCAGCAGACGCUGAGGCAGCACUUCACCGGAUCGACCGUGAUCACAAUCGCUCACCGGAUAACGUCGGUACUCGACAGCUGCAUGAUCUUGUUGCUGGAUGAGGGGUUUAGUUCUUGCUGCUCUGUUAGGACUCUCGGCUUUCUUUUCCAUGGCAGAGACCUCUAUUACCACUCUUUGGCCUUGGAAGAUUCCAUGUCGGUGUGGAAUCUUUUAAGGGAGUUUCGGAUCAGGAAGGUGCACAUGGCUGUUGUUCUAAAUGAAUAUGGAGGAACUGUUGGGAUAGUUACCCUUGAAGAUGUAGUUGAAGAGAUUGUUGGCGAAAUAUUUGAUGAAAAUGAUUCCAAGGUGAGCCUCUGUAAUUUCGAGGAAAUUCAGAAGAAAACCGGUUACAUUGUCAUGCGCGCCGAAGGCAUAUAUGACGUGGAUGCUAAUACAACAAUCGAUAGCUCUCGGAAGAUCUUAAUAUCAAAAUGCCCGAGGACAUUCAGUAUGAAACAGUUUCAGGUUUUGUGUGUGAGGCGUUUGGGUAUAUCCCAAGAACAGGUGAAACCGUAAAAGUGGUUCUUGAAAGAGCAAAUCGAGAAGAUCACGGCGACUACAAUGGAUCAGAAUCAGAUCAUCAAGAUGAAAAUGAAAAGACCCAAAUAUAUAAGCUCGAGAUUCUCGCGGGAAAUGCCAGAAAGGUCAGCGCUGUACGAUUCGAACGAGACAACAACAAGGAAGCAUCACCAGAUGCCAAAGACAUAACUCGUUUGUUACCAAAGUUCAGGCGAAGAAAAUCAAUCAACGAUGAUAA